GUAAUGUGUGAUCGUCAAAGGUCCAUUCAGCUAACAUCUGAGGAAAUUGACCAACUCUUGGCUGAUUCUUCGAUAUCUCUACACAGUUCUGACGACAACGUGGUAACUAGAACACCAUUGAUUGCAUCUGAGCACGCUUUCACCAGAGAGGAUCUAGCUCUUCUUGAUGAAACCAACACAUCUGAACAUCCGUCUCCAACAGCUACAGAAGAAGAACGAGGUGGAAAUGUCGUCCAAGCCGCGCCGGUUCUAAGUUCACAAACUGAACGAAUUCCGACGGUGACGGCUGAAACCCUUGCAGAUCAAUUUGAAUCAGGUCCUACUAUAUCUGUUCCACCUACAGUCAAGAUCAUCCAAGUUACUCAACGCAAAGAAGAAACAGUCUUUCCAAACGUGUGGCUGGUUCGGUCUCGUCUCACCUGUGGACGUCACCUCAGCUCAAAGCUCAUCACUGGUGUCGUCUCUUCUCUCCUCUCCCCUUGGGUAAUAGCAUCGAGGCAGAGUAGCAAGGCACCUGAACAUAGUCUUGAAGAUGUGAGGCUUGUUCAAGAGAGACAUUGUGAAGAUAGUCUCAUUAAUGCAUUUGAAAAGAUUGGCGUUGCCGACAACUAUUCAGAACAUGAUGACGUGUUUUUCUCACCUAAUCGCGAGCGUGAAGAGGCAAAGAGUGCAAAGAACGCAUCGAUGUCACCAGCGGCGAUCGUUCUGCGCAGCGCAAUGAUGGAAGAUACACGAUGUGAUCUGAACACGGAGUCGUCGGUCUAUUCGGAUGCCAUAAGCGCACAAUCCUCUUCAUUGAGCUCAUUCCCCGAAGUCACAAGGCACACGAUACUACCGUUCUCCCAAAGGUCCCCGACAAAUCGUUUCAACAAUUCGAAUCCCGUUCCCUCACCCUACUCGAAACUUCUUUCUGAGGUAGAAAGCUUUCCCUCUGGCAAACCUGAUUAUUGCGGACCGUCCGUUUCUCCUAACAAUACUGUUGCGGAGGUGAAUACUUUGAUGCCCACAAAAAAUGCUUCCCCAGACGUUGAUAUUUCCGAGAGUGAGGUCUUUCAUCGAAACAUACCCUCUGCAGCGUCAGAAAUAUCUGGAGGUACUUCUCACUUACCCUCUCAUGAAGUAUUUGAGAAUUUUACUGGUGUUCACCCAGAGAGCCAUGAACAACCAAAUAUAAAUUCGACUCUUCAAUCUAUCUCCGAAUCAGGCGUUCCAUGUCCAAUCCGUUCAAUGAUGGUUAGCUUGUUCAAUACCAAUGAGGAAUGGAACAAAAUGCAGAACCCUACUGAUAGUCCUUCAGUACGCAUAAGUUUACGGAAGUUGAAGCCUACUAUUGAUAAACGGAAGGCGGAAGCUAAGGAUGAAUGUAUCUCUCGGGCGGUGGGAGCUCUGAAUGCAGGACUACAACCCGAUGUCACUACAUUGCGCCAGCGGUCAUCGAAACAGUAUGAAACGCUCACAAUUGAGCAGCCUUCACCUCAAUUGAGCAGUAGCGCCCGUCCUUCUGCUCUUGGAAGUGUGAAUGGGGAGCUGGCAUCACCGAUGGUAUUGACAACGGUUGCGAGACGCCGUGCUACGCAUCGAAUCCCGGUGCUCGACGUUGCUACUAGGCCGGUACCAGCGCCGAGGCAUUCAGCCCCCAAAAUAACGACUCAGCCUGCUCUCCAGAUAGACAGAGAGAUUGCCGAGGAGAAGGCUCAACUUCGUCGAGAAAUAAAGGCCCUCAGAGCCAAAGAGGACAUUUUGAGGCUGAUAUUGAACAAAUAUGAAGUGGCAUUUGAGAAAGCUUUGGAUCAACGCAGUCAGGUGCACUUUGCGGCAGGCACAGCGAGGGCGCAGGCAAAUAACGAUGUUUCUGAGACCCGACGCCAGGCUGCUACGCUUUACAACGCUGUCCUCGAUUCACAGCGACGACAUGAGCGGAUGCAUGAAACAAUCCAAAAAGCCGAGGCUAAUCAAGAGGAGUGGUUGAAGCGUGUUGAAAGUCUCCGAACGAAGCAUGCCCGCCAGUCGGAGAAAGGAGUGACCUAUCAAAAGUACUGUCUUGGAAAGAUACAAAGAGCUCUCGAAAAUCAGGAGACAGUAAGAACUGAAAUGGAAAAGGAGCUUAGCAAACUGCGCGUUCAUUUCAAGCAAAUGGAGCUGAAACAAAGGUCUCUCGAGACAGAGCUAAGGCAAAAGGCCCAGGAAAACCGGGAACUUACCCGCAUUUGUGACAGUUUACUAACCUAG